AUGACAAGGAUAAAACCUGUUUCAGCUGAAGAUUCAAAUCUAGAAGACCUCAAGCGCCUCAGCAAAAGUAAUAUUGAUAUCUCAGGAAUAAUGGAGAAUGAAGAGCCAGGACAACCAUUGCCUCGGAAACAAAGUGACUGCUCCAACUAUGACUGUGAUAGCAUAACAAACCAUCAUGCUUUCCUAUCCAGCAUCCACUCAACAAUGUUGAAUGAAGAUGCAGAGUUUCCCCCAACAAACACUUCAAGCACGUUGGAUGUUAAUUUGGGGCGAUUUGAAUUUGAAUUUGAAGUGUCUGAUUUCUUCCUCUUUGGUUCACCUCUCGGUUUGGUGCUGGCUAUGCGGAGGACAGUCCUGCCCAGUCUGGAAGUCUGCCAAGUACAUCCAGCCUGCAGUCAAGUUUACAGCCUCUUCCACUCAGCUGACCCUUCCGCCUCCAGACUGGAGCCAUUAUUAGAGAAUAAAUUCCAUCUUCUGCCUCCCUGUACCGUACCAAGGUACCAGAGAUAUCCCUUGGGAGAUGGAAGAUCCCACCUCUUAGCUGAUACACUCCAGUAUCAUAGCAGCCUGUUUGCUGAAGACAGUUCUGCAAAGUCAUCCUUCAUGCAAGAGACUUUAGCACUUCCCAAUGCUGUACAAGGGAAAAUGCGAAGAGGGGAGCCUGGGCAGCAGCAACACAACAUAGCAAACAUAACUUCCAAAUGGUGGGGAGCCAAGCGAAUAGAUUAUGUUUUGUAUUGUCCGGAUGUCCUCACAGCCUUUCCUACAGUGGCUUUGCCACAUCUCUUCCAUGCCAGCUACUGGGAAUCAACAGAUGUGGUUGCUUUCAUUCUGAGACAGGUGAUGAGAUUUGAAACCAUCAACGUCAAGGAAAGCAACAGUUUGGAUCCAGUGACUCUCAGCCCUUCAAAUCGAGAGAAAUGGCUGCGCAAAAGGACCCAAGUCAAGCUAAGGAAUGUAACUUCAAACCACAGAUCGAAUGAUGUCAUUGUUGCAGAAGAUGGCCCUCAGUUGCUAGUUGGCCGGUUCAUGUAUGGACCACUUGACAUGGUGGCUUUAACAGGAGAAAAGGUUGACAUCUUCAUUGUGACCGAACCUUCCUCUGGACGUUGGGUCUAUUUUGAUACAGAAAUCACCAAUAGUAGUGGUAGAAUCUCAUACAACGUCCCCAAAGAGAAAAGACUUGCUGUUGGCGUCUAUCCUAUUAAAAUGGUAGUCAGGGGAGAUCAGAGUAGUGCCAUAAGCUACUUGACUGUCCUUCCUCGAGGAAUGGAGUGUGUCGUCUUCAGCAUUGAUGGGUCCUUUGCUGCCAGCGUCUCCAUCAUGGGCAGUGACCCUAAAGUCAGAGCCGGAGCAGUUGAUGUUGUCAGGUAAA